AUGAACAAGAACCCCCUGGAAGAUGCGCAUUACCUGUGUCUGUACACCCAACGCGAUGGCGAUGUUGUACUGUUUCACGCUGCCGGCGGUAUCGACAUUGGCAACGUGGACGCCAAGGCAAAACGCUUCCUCAUUACCACAGAAAUGCUCGCCAGCGCCACGUCACCCAACGAGCCCAGCGUGACUCCGGAGCAGCUGAUCGACAGUGGCCUACUCGACGACCUACUGGACCCAGCUAGGAAACAGUGCGUGGCAGAAUUCAUCGCCGAGCUGCAUCGCACCUUUGCCCAUCUCCACAUCAACUACCUCGAAAUCAACCCGCUUGUUGUUUGUACCGACUCUCAAGGCCAUCUGCAAACCUACGUACUCGACACCGCUGCGAAAAUCGACCAAUGCGCUGAGUACUUAUUUUCCGGGUCUCGUGAUUGGUCGCCCGACGGCGAACCAAUGCUGUUUCCUCCGCCUUUCGGCCACGUUCAGACGCCUGAGGAGCAGUUUGUUGCCCAGCUGGACGCUCGCACCGGCGCCUCGAUGAAGCUGAGUGUGUUGAACCCUCGAGGUCGUGUGUGGACGAUGAGUGCGGGCGGCGGUGCCUCGGUUAUCUACGCCGACACCAUCUGCCAAUUGGCUCCGGCCAAGGAGUUGGCCAACUACGGCGAGUACUCGGGCGCCCCGUCUGAGGCGCAGACAUACGAAUACGCCCGCACCAUCUUAAAGUUGAUGACCACCGGAGAACCUGAUCCUGAAGGCAAAGUCCUCCUCAUUGGCGGAGGCGUGGCCAAUUUCACCAAUGUGGCGGCGACCUUCCGUGGAAUUAUUCGCGCCAUUCGCGAGUACCAGGACGCGCUGCGGACUCACAAGGUGCGCAUUUACGUGCGUCGCGGUGGCCCCAACUACCAAGAGGGUCUGCGUGAUAUGCAGGCCUUGGGGCGGUCGGUGGACCUGCCGAUUCACGUGUUCGGACCUGAGACCCACAUGACUGCCAUCGUCUCCAUGGCUCUCGGACUGAUUGAGACGCCCUCGGCUGUUGCAUUCACAAUUCCGUCGUUUUUUGAACAGCAAAUCAAGUCGCCUUUUGCGUCAGAAGCUCCGGAUUUCCAUGGUGACGGUGGAACCGUGGAGUGCCGUAGGGAAGCAGGAGUGCCACAGGCAAUUUUCACCAAGGCCACCAGAUCGAUAGUGUGGGGCCUCCAACUCAAGGCCAUCCAGUCGAUGCUGGAUUUCGAUUACGCGUGCGGCCGCGCCGAUCCCAGUGUCGCCGCGAUCAUUUACCCCUUCACGGAAGAUCGCACCGAAAAGUUUUACUGGGGCGCCGACGAUCUCUUCAUCCCGGUCUACAAGCACAUGCAGACGGCGUUCGACGCCCACCCUGACGCGACAAUUCUCGUCAACUUCGCCUCCUACCGCGCCGCCUACGAGGUGACCUUGGAGGCUCUUGCGAGUAAACGCGACCCCGAGGACGGAAUGGGCCCCCCGCGAUGCCGCGUCGACUGUGUCGCCAUCAUCGCCGAGGGCAUUCCCGAGCGCUUCUCGCGGGAUCUCAUUUUCCGCGCCAAAAAACUCGACGUUCUGCUCAUUGGUCCAGCAACUGUUGGAGCCAUUAAACCGGGAUGCUUCAAGAUCGGCAAUACUGCUGGAAUGAUGGAUAACGUUCUCUCCUCGAAGCUACAUCGACCUGGAAGUGUUGCCUACGUGUCUCGGUCGGGUGGAAUGUCGAACGAGCUCAACAACAUCAUCAGCAUGAAUUCGGACGGGGUUGCGGAGGGGGUUGCAAUCGGCGGUGAUCGGUUCCCUGGCAGCACCUUUAUCGAUCACAUCCUGCGCUACGAGGCGGACCCCGACGUCGCGAUGAUAGUGCUUCUCGGUGAGGUGGGCGGCCUGGAGGAGUACGCCGUGGUGGAGGCGCUGGAGUCCGGCAAGGUGAAGAAGCCCCUAGUGGCGUGGUGCAUCGGCACGUGCGCCCAGGUCCUCGCUUCCACCGCUGGAAGCGGCGGCAGCGACACCACCAACCUCGAGGAGGUCCAGUUCGGCCACGCCGGCGCCUGCGCUCGCUCCGAGCAAGAGACCGCGGUUUCCAAGAACGCGCGUCUCGCCAAGGCCGGCGCCCACGUGCCCCCUAGCUUCAACGAACUUGGCAGUCUCAUUCGCACCGUCUACUCGAGGCUUGUUGAGUCUGGAAAACUGACGCCGAAACCGAAUUACCCACCUCGGCCUGUUCCAAUGGACUACGCAUGGGCAAAGGAGCUGGGUUUCGUUCGCAAACCCGCAGCCUUCACAUCCACCGUCUGCGAUGAUCGUGGACAAGAGGUGCUCUACGCCGGAGUGCCUGUUAGCAAGGUUCUGCAGGAAGACCUUGGCAUCGGCGGUGUUUUAAGCCUUCUUUGGUUCAAGCGAAAAUUGCCGAAGUACGCGACGGACUACUUGGAGCGUUGCAUAAUCGUCGCGGCCGAUCACGGUCCAGCAGUGUCGGGUGCGCACAACACCAUAGUCGCGGCACGCGCCGACAAAGACCUCGUCUCCUCUCUAGUCUCCGGUCUCCUGACUGUCGGCAAUCGAUUCGGUGGGGCCCUGGACGCCGCGGCGCGCCAGUUCUCCGAGGCCUUCGACCGACACCUCUCGCCGGCCGACUUUGUCUCGUCGUCGCGUGCCGCCGGACGUCUGAUCAUGGGCAUCGGACACCGCGUCAAGUCAGUCAAUAACCCCGACACACGCGUCAGCUUGUUAGCGGACUUCGCGCGGAAACACUUUCCCAAGACACCACUGAUGGACUACGCCUUCGAGGUGGAGAAGCACACCACGGCGAAAUUACUCUAUUGGCUAAGUUUCGUUCGCAAACCCGCAGCCUUCACAUCUAGCUUCUGCGACGAUCGUGGACAAGAAGAGCUCUAUCUGAAAGUAACACCUACCACCUUGCUCUGA